AAGAGACAAACUGGCGCGGUUUAUCUUGGCUGAUGCCUGAUGGCGGCUAGGCUAACACCGUCACACCGAUCACCGCCACCGAUUUUCUGCUACUUCAUUCCUUCCGCGGAUUCUCUCUUCUCACAUUCCCAUCCACUCUGCAGGAACAAUGAAAAAUCAAACUGCGCAGAUAUGGCUAAUUGCAGUUACUUCACUCUAUCUAUUCAUGAAGCUAACCCCAUCCAUUCCUCAACCUCAGAUGUACCAUGAUUUCGCUGAUAAGCGUCAAUUCUUUGGUAUUCCCAAUGCACUUAAUGUAAUAUCAAAUUUCCCAUUCAUGGUUAUUGGUCUCAUUGGGCUUAUGCUUUGUCAUCGUAGGAACUAUUUUAACUUCAGUGUGCAAGGUGAGCUAUGGGGUUGGACAUGUUUUUAUGCGGCUGUGACUUCAGUAGGUUUUGGCUCUUCAUAUUAUCAUCUUGGGCCAAAUGAUAAUGGUCUUGUGUGUGACAGGUUGCCGAUGACUGUUGCUUUUGCUUCACUGGUGGCGAUCCUCAUCAUUGAAAGGAUUGAUGCAAAUAAGGGGACAAUUUCGAUUUUUCCUCUAAUUAUGAUUGCUAUGAUAAGCAGUGUGUAUUGGAGGUUCUUUGGUGACAUCCGUCCGUAUCUUCUCGUCCAAACUGUAUCAUGCAUUGCCAUACCUCUCAUGGCCUUUUUGUUGCCUCCAAUGUACACACAUUCAACAUAUUGGCUAUGGGCUGCAGGAUUUUAUCCUUUAGCUAUGCUGCAAGAGACUGCUGAUAGAUUGAUUUAUACAGCGACUUUUCAUACUGUCAGUGGUCACACACUUAAGCAUUUAUCUGCUGGAAUGGUCCCUCUCAUCUUAACAAUAAUGCUUGCAAAGAGGAGGCUUUUGCAUGCAAAAUCUGCUUAAUGCAUACAGCAUUUCAUGGACUAAGGCAGCUGAUAAUCUGAUAUCAAUGUGCAGUUUUUGAAGUCUCAGUAAUGUCAUCUCUUCUCUCCCUAUAAAUAAAAGAAAAAAUAGAAGGGUUAAGCUAUGCAGGGUAGGUUUGUGGUAAAUAGCUUAAUUUCGUCUUAGAGAAUAUGUACUCAAACUUCUGUGCUUUAGUUGUGGUGAAAAAUAAAAAGAAGGUAGGUGAAUACAAGUCACCGAACAGGGCAAAUCGCAUCCUAUCAGUUGUGAUACAGUAGCAUUCACUGUAGGUAGCAUCUUGUAUGUACAGUUCUUGAUCUUCAAGUUGUAUCUAAGUCUUGUAUUAAAAGAGAAUGAAGAGAUAAAUCAAGUAUAUCAAGAACCGAAUGGUGACCUAUCCAGUCAGUGUUCUUUCUAUUAUCUAUUAU